UCAUAGACACUAACAAAUACGUCAGAGGUUUUGGCAGCCCGUGGGUGAACUAUUUUCUUCAUUGUUGACCUUUCCUAAAUCUUAGGUGUAAUUAUUUCAUCAUAAGAAGUAUUUUGGCAGUACCAUUAUUAUCUAGCAAAUCAUUUAUUUAUCUCGACAAUGGACUCGGAAGAUGACACAAAGGAUGAUGUGGAUUCUGGUAAUGAAUCAAGCGGAGACGAUGUCGACUUUGUCAUGGACGAGACUCACAGUACAAGGGAACGGCAAACGGAACUCGAAGAAUAUCCAUAUGAAGUGUUAUCAACGGAGGAAAUCGUCCAACACAUGGUUGAUUGCAUCAAAGAUGUGAACACAGUAGUUGAGAUUCCCGCUACAACAACUCGUAUCCUUCUUAAUCAUUUUAAAUGGGACAAGGAGAAGCUAAUGGAAAGAUUGUAUGAUGGGGAUCAGGACCAGUUGUUUGCUGAGGCUAGAGUUAUAAACCCAUUUAGGAAACCUGUCAUACAAAGACCAAAGUUACCUAGACGAAUAUCAACAUCAGGAACGGAAGAAUGCGAGAUAUGCUUUUCAAUUCUCCCCACAUCUAUAAUGACAGGCCUCGAGUGUGGUCACAGGUUUUGCACACAGUGCUGGUGCGAAUACUUGACUACUAAAAUUAUGGAAGAGGGCUUAGGGCAGACAAUAGCGUGCGCGGCGCACGCGUGUGACAUCCUCGUGGACGACGCAACCGUCAUGCGACUGGUGCGCGACCCGCGCGUCAAACUUAAAUAUCAACACAUCAUUACUAAUAGUUUUGUGGAGUGCAACAGACUGCUCCGCUGGUGCCCGUCCCCGGACUGCAGCAACGCGAUCAAGGUGGAGGCGUACGUGGAGGCCGCGCCCGUCACGUGUCGCUGCGCGCACACCUUCUGCUUCGCGUGCGGGGAGAACUGGCACGACCCCGUCCGCUGCUGCUUGCUGAGGAAAUGGAUCAAGAAAUGCGAUGACGACUCUGAAACAUCUAACUGGAUAGCGGCUAAUACGAAAGAGUGUCCGAAGUGUAACGUCACGAUAGAGAAGGACGGCGGCUGCAAUCACAUGGUCUGCAAGAACCAGAACUGUAAGGCUGACUUCUGUUGGGUAUGUCUCGGACCUUGGGAACCUCACGGCAGCAGCUGGUACAACUGUAACAGAUACGACGAGGACGAGGCAAAAGCUGCCCGCGACGCGCAGGAGCGCUCGCGCGCAGCGCUGCAGCGCUACCUGUUCUACUGCAACAGAUACAUGAACCACAUGCAGUCGCUGCGCUUCGAGUCCAAGCUCUAUGCCUCCAUCAAGGAGAAGAUGGAGGAGAUGCAGCAGCACAACAUGAGCUGGAUCGAGGUGCAAUUUUUAAAAAAAGCUGUAGAUAUACUCUGUCAGUGCCGGCAAACGUUGAUGUACACGUACGUGUUCGCAUACUACUUGCGGAAAAACAACCAGUCGGUGAUUUUUGAAGAUAACCAGCGCGACCUGGAGUCCGCCACGGAAACACUCUCAGAGUACCUCGAGAGAGACAUCACUAGUGAGAACUUGGCUGAUAUUAAACAAAAAGUGCAAGACAAAUACAGAUAUUGCGAUAGCCGGCGUAAGGUUUUACUCGAACACGUUCACGAAGGCUACGAAAAGGAUUGCUGGGACUACACAGAGUAAACCUCUUCCUUCUCUGUCCAUCAAACUGUCACAUCUAUCUAACUCUCGCACCACUCAUGACUGCACGCUAACCACUGAUAAGCAUAGACAAUGCCAAAAAUUGUGACAACUGUACAUAUGAGCCGGGAGCUUAAAAAAAUAUACAAUUUUAAAUAUUCCUUUUGCCUCAAAAUUGACAACUGAAAUAUAAAAAAAUAAAACAAAAAAAAAGAUACGACAAAGUUUAUUUUCGUUUCUUGUCAUAAUUUUUGAAUAGUUAUUGAGAUGAAAAAGAGCAGAUCGAUAGAUUUAUAAUUUAGAAAAAUAUUAGUUUCGUUGUAUUAGUCGUUGUAAAGAAUCUGCUGAUUUGUAUGGAUUUAAUUGCGCUAGUAAUAUUAAUAAAUCGUUUUUUUUUCACGUCUUUGACAAGGCAUUAGCUGUUUUGUGUAUUGAUUACAUUCGUUUAUUUUUUCUAUUAGUUUUUGCCAUUAAUAGUAGAUGAACGAUCUCAUUCAUAUGUCUGAUAUACAGUUACUGUAUAUAUCAUGUGUUUGGUACUUUGGUAAUAUUAGUAAAAAAAUCGUGUAAAAUAUUGUGUAAUGUUGGCUAGGAUCAACUGAGUUUAAAUUUCAUAUGUAUUGAUAUAAACUUAUUUUUUGUAAAACAUGUACUAAAAUAGGAACAGUUGAAACAUUUUUUUCAGAUUUUGAAAUUAUUCCUUCCUGUUUGAUAUGAUUUUGGUCAGGCUUAGGACAUGUGAAACGAGGAAAUUGAAAUUUUCGUAACCUGUUCAAAACCUUAAUUGUAUUCGAUUAUCUAGUUCCAAAGAGUUGAAGUCGAAAUUGUGAAAUAGUAAACAAUAAUUGUAUUUUAAACGGAGUUUGGUAUUACGUGACAUUUGUAUGAGAGAUACCGUCUAUUUAAAUUUAAUUUAGCCUGUAACAAAGACAUCCUUUAUUUUACACUAUCUUUUAUAAUAAUAUACGGUAAGAAAUUGUUAGGUAGCAAAUUUUAUUCAUGCAAGAUUCUUAUUUUAGUAAAUGUUAAGGCUCGGAUCUCCCUUUUAGUUUAUUUCGGAUACAACAAUGUGGCUGACCGAUUAAAACCUAUUCAAGUACUCAAACUUCAAAAUUAAAUAUUUUAAUAUAGCAUUCAAAUAUACAUUAACCUAUGAAUAUUUAUCGCCAGUUUCUAAAAUUUUUAAUUAGACAUUUACUAAUGUGAAUAAAUACUGACUGUUCAUUCAUUGCCUGUCAUCAAUAUCGACCAAUGACCAUUUAUCAAAGUCGAAAUAAUUUAUCUCGAUGAGCGCUUCAGAAGCUCAAGGUUAAAAUACUAAACAUUAAUACCCUUUUAAUCACAUACAAUUUAUGAACUAUAGAAAACAAUCAACUUAAGCUAAGCUAUAACUGUUAAUCAUAGAGACUGCAGAAAAAAAUGUAUUAUGAAUGUGUUCAUACUGAAGAUUAAAAUUUGUUUGAAAAUAGAAUCUUGCACUUUGUGAGACGAAUGUUUAUACGUACAGUUUAAAAUGACAUGAUAUUUAGUUAUAAUUCUAUAUGUCAGUUACAAUGUUGUAUUCGAAAUCGUUAUAUAUAAUAGCAUAGUAUUCAUAAUAACUUUGACUUGCUUACUUUAAUUAUUAUUCACUCUUACGUGGUCUUGUCGAACGAUACGAUAGGUUUUCAUUCGUGAGUUUAUUUAUGAGAUAUUUUUAACGUAUGCGACGAGUGUCAAAUGGAAAAUACGUAAAAUGUUUUCAAACAUCGUAUUACAAUAUUGAUUUUUUAAAUUUGUCGAAAAAUAAAAAUAAAUAUUGAAAUCGUAUCAUCUAAUGAUUUCAUAUUUUGAACAUUAUUUUCUAGUCGAUCUGUAACGGUACGUUGCUUUCUUAUAAAAUUAUAUUUUUCACUUGUCAUAUUCGUUAAAAUUAUCGUUCGCUUAUUUGAGACAAUAAUUCAUGGUUUGGGCGCUGUUGUCUAAUUAAUACAUUAAUCAAUCAGUAAGCAAUAGCCUUUCCGAUGUUUAGUAUAAUGCAAGCAUUGCCCCGUGCUCUUCGAAAAUCAAUUUAAAUGAAUAAUUUAAGUUAUAAAAUAUAUAAAAAAAUUAAAUUAUACUUUGAAAAAAGUGAAUGCACUUCAAUGUAGCAGAAAAAUAUUUUUUGCAAUUAAAGCCAACUUAAUUGUCAACUGAAUAUACUUUAUUAUGAUAUUUAUUUAUUAUUUUAAUUCUGCAUGUCAUAACACAAUUAUUUUGUCUUUUUAUUAAGAUAGUCAACUAAAUAUAAAAUAUUUAAAUUCGAAAAAUAAAUAUAAUGGUCACAAAUAUUAUCAUAAUUUUUAAAUAUUGAGCGACGAGAUCGAACAGAAUGUAAAAACGUUCGAAUAUUGCGACAAGCUGUUGCAACUUCAGAGGAGCACAGUUACAAUGUUCGCAUUGUACUCUGAUUUAUGUAUUCUAUUGACCUCAUUCACUGUAGUUCUAAUGAUACGCGAAUAGUUUUUAACGACGUUGGCUUCAUAAGCUUUUUCUGUUAAUAAAAACUAAAUUUUUAAAUCAAAUAGUGGACGAUAUCAUUAAUAAAUAUUUACUAUCGAUUAAGAGAAAACGAAAAAAUAUUUUUACCAAAUAUCCUAUUUUUUUUAUUAGAAUACUGUUUUUCUACUAAACAUUAAGCUAGUUCAAGAUAUAGUGUGUUUUUUAUUCUGUGAUCAACUUUUUUUGAUGCCUCGAAGGCUUGAUAUACUUUUAAUUGAUCGAAUAAAAUUUCCGUCGUGGAACCAACACGCUGGCAUUGUAUUAUUACUUUGAUUUUUUUAUAAUUGAUUAAAUAAAAUCAUUUUUAAUUAUAAAGCUCGAAAAUUUUUAGAUAAAUUCCAAACGUAUUUUUAUGAAAAAUAGCUCAUAAAAUUUGACGCGUAAACAAAUAUGGAAGUUUCGAAACACCGAACUCUGCUUGAUUUGUAUAAUAAUUGUAGCACUACAUAUCUGUCAUUGGACUGUGUAUUCGUAGUCGGUACGGAUUGUGAAUUAAUCGUUUGCACUGCCAGUAAGCGUGGUAACUUGAAAUAACUCGAAGCUUAGUGUGUGUUCACAUAGUGAACUCGGUAAUAGCGUAGAAGCGUCCUCCCUCACGCCGUCGCAUCUGUCGUAAUAAUUACUUUCACGGUGCGCUCGGAGGACGGUCACACACACAUAAAUUGUACAUAUAUAGAUGCUGUAUAAAUAUUUAUAUUGAUAACGUAUUCGCAACUCUUGUGUAUUGACGGGCAUCUUGUAUGUGUGUCUUGGCAAGGACACAUUUGUCUUAAAUGUAAGACGGAAAUAAAAAUAGUAACAUCGAA